GUGCCUUUAAAGUCGUGCUUUUAUUAAAAAUAAAUAUUAAAAUAAAAUAAGUGACAAAACGUAGAUUAAAAAAAACACAGUGCCUUAAAACUUAAAACUACAACAACAACAAAAAAAAACAAAAAUAAAAAAAAAGCAACAAAGCAUCCAUCUUGUGUUACUAAAUUCGAAAUUUAAACGUUACGUCAUUAGAGCAUUAGCAUUUAAAAUAUAGACAAAAUAAAUUUCAAUAUGGCGAAUGUUGGAAAAGUAUUAGCUACUAUAAAAGCUGUUAUAACACGAUUGGUUUUCGCUUGCCACGGCAUAAUAGCUAUAUGGCAAGUGACAUUAUUUAAAGACGACAUUGAAUACUGGUAUUUAGCAUCGCCGAUAAUGCUGCUAAUUUUUGAAGGAGUAUUCACUUUAACAAUAAAAGAAAAUCAGGAAUGGAAAUGGUUCUGUCCGUCUGUGUUCAUCUACCUGGGCUUGGUUGUGCCGGCGAUAUGGUUACUGGAGCUGCACAAAGUGGACCUGAGGCUGCAGAAGAAGACGAUCAAUGUCACUUAUGUAGAGACAGACCUCCCAAUACCGGGCGCCACGAAGAUCCCCACAGAUAUGUGGGUGACUCUUAUAGAACAGUUCCUGAUGCUCACCCUCAUUGUGGGCCGGUGGCUACUGCCCAAGGGAGACCUGACCAGAGAUCAGCUGAGUCAGCUACUGCUUGUUUAUAUUGGUACGGCAGCGGACAUAAUAGAAUUCUUCGACUCCUUCAAAGAUGAGAAGGUGGCGACGGAGAAAGUCCUCGUACUCCUAACCCUGGCGAUCUGGUCCUGGUCUCUGAUGCAGUUCACUGUCGUCCUAACAGCCACCAAGUCGAGGAAGUCUCGAGGAACAGCCAAUAGGUCGGACAUAAACAGCCGCGCUUGUUGCUGUUCUAUAGAAGUAUGUGCUAUAAUAAUGAAUAUAGCGCUACAAGACGCUCCGUUUUUGGCGUUCCGACUGCUAAUCAUAUGCCAUUAUAAAAUAAUAAACUAUAUGAACAUUUUCUUCACGUGUAAGAAUACUUUGGUAAUCUUGCUACAAAUAUAUAGGUUGUAUGUCUUACACUUGGAGACAGUGGAUGAAGGGAAUGGGGGCUCCGUGUACAGAAAGAAGACCAAACAUAGGAGCACUGACAAGAAAGAGAAGGAGAAGAAACAUAGUAAACACAAAUCCAAGAAACAUAAGAAGAAACAUGAAAUCGGUGAGACUUCCAUAUCAGUCAUCAGCGACAGGAGACACGAUCGAGGUGAUGGUGGCCGGAUCAGAGCCAUUAUCUUGACAAAUUCGGAUGAAAUCAAAGAAUUGGAGCUGUCCAAACUGUUCAAGGACCAAGUUUCGACUGAGAAUGAGAAGAAAAAAGGGACCAAGAAAAAGCAAAAAUCGGAGAGUUCAGAAGAAUCACUGAACAACGUUCAUCAUACGACAGACGACUCGGGCAUUUGACAUCAUCGGGUGCGCAGGGACAGCCCGAAGCGAAGUCCCAGACACAGAGAGAAACACGAAGACAAACAUAAAGACAAGAAACGAAACAAAAAGAAACAUGACAGUAGUGACAGUGACACUGACAGCUCGAGUUGAAGUUGACAGGCUGUACAGGUGCGUGCCUUUGCGUUUAACCUCUCUUGUCUUUGGCCACAGAGUUUGGAUAUCGGGCUUUUUGGCAUCGACGUUUGAAGUGUUUUAUGAUGUUGGAAGUUGUAUUAUAAGUAAUAAAAAUAUUAUGUAUGUAAGCAAUUUAAUUUUACGUUGAAUUAAAAUUGUUGUUGCGAUAUUUAAAGGAAUAAUGUAUAUUGAAAAUGCGCUGUUAUUAUCAAAAUGGCGUUUGGUAGUUUAUAAGUAUAAAUGUUAUUGGAAAAUUGUUAUAUUUAUGUAAUAUACGUGUUAAAUAUUAAAUGGAGAUAUAUAAUGAUAAGCGCAGCGCAGGACGUCUUGAUAAAGGCCUUUUUUUGAGGGGGGAAAAUCAUCU